AUGAAAUGUGGGGAAGAGCGUGAGCGGAAGCUCGAAGUUGGAUUCAAGAAAGUUGCACGUCAAAUCGCGACAAGUCUUCGUCCAUCACACACAACCAUGGCAACCACAGCAAACUCAUCGCCUUCCGACCUGGUGCACAAGUCGGCCAAACGCACCAGAGAAAUCUUCGCCGCCGAUUUUGGCGCCCCCACAGCGCUCGACAACUUUCCUCGACCCGCGAUCGCUCCACCAAUUGUCUCGCCAGCAGAACGCGCUCAGAAGAUCGCUCUGAGGUCGCGGAUCGACAGAGAAUAUGCCGACGUAAAAGAUCUACCUCCAGUGCUUGCGGCCAAGCAAGCGAAUGCUGCCGCUUCACGUUCUACUCUCCGAAAGAAGCCCAAGACCGAGGAGCAAGCAUCAAACCCGAAAAUGGCAAAGAUGAUCGAGGGAAUCUCUGCGCAAACAUCAUCGACCGCUGUCGAAACCUCGAAUGCCCUUGCCUUGCGCGCCAAUGGUGCUGGCAAGCUGCCGCCCAAUGCCAACGGCCCUACACCACAAAGAAACCUACCUGGCUCCUCAAGUCUGGUGCGAAGAGAUGUUGUACGACAGCCGAAGCCGGAGUGGAAAGCGCCUUGGAAGCUUAUGCGUGUCAUUUCUGGUCACUUGGGUUGGGUGCGCGCGCUUGCAGUAGAACCUGGAAACCAGUAUUUUGCGAGUGGAAGUGGUGACAGGACGAUCAAGAUCUGGGACCUCGCUUCAGGUACUUUGAAGCUCACUCUGACUGGACACAUCUCCACCGUACGAGGACUCGCUUUCAGUCCAAGACAUCCAUACUUGUUCUCCUGCGCCGAGGACAAGAAAGUAAAGUGCUGGGAUCUGGAAACAAACAAGGUCAUCCGCGAUUAUCAUGGUCAUUUGAGUGGCGUGUACACGCUGAGUCUACAUCCUACGCUUGACGUUCUUUGUACGGGAGGUAGAGAUGGUGUUGUCCGUGUUUGGGACAUGCGAACGAGAUCCAACGUCCACGUGCUCAGUGGUCACAAGCAGACGGUAUCCGACAUCGUGACUCAAGAAGCCGAUCCACAAAUCAUAUCAUCUUCGUUGGACAGCACUGUCCGUAUGUACGAUCUUGCAGCCGGAAAGACCAUGGGUGUCUUGACACAUCACAAGAAGGGUGUCAGGGCACUUUGCACAGCACCUCACGAGUUCACAUUUGCUUCUGCCUCGACUGGUCAGGUCAAGCAGUGGAAAUGCCCAGAAGGUGCUUUCAUGCAAAACUUUGAUGGACACAAUGCCAUCAUCAACACCUUGUCGGUCAAUGAAGACAACGUUUUGUUCUCUGGUGGUGACAAUGGAUCGGCAGCAUUCUUUGACUGGAAGACUGGUUACAAGUAUCAAUCUCUCGAUUCCAUUGCUCAACCUGGUAGUCUCGACGCCGAAGCAGGCAUCAUGAGCAGUACUUUUGACAAGACUGGCCUAAGACUCAUGACUGGCGAGGCCGACAAAACAAUCAAGGUCUGGCGAGAAGAUGAAAAUGCUACUCCAGAAUCACAUCCACUCGAGUGGAAGCCCACGCUAGGAAGACAGAAGUUCUAG